AUCAAAAAUUUUAAGUCAACUUUAUUUUUAAUGUGAAAAUUUUGUAAAAAUGAAUGUGACAUUUGCAAAAACCGCAAAUAGAUCGGACGAGAACGAGGACAAAGUAGACAAGGAUGAGAAAGAUGCAUACAUUAUCCUAGCACCGGACUCAAAUCUGCGACCGAUUAUGUUUCUCUUUUAUACCGUUGAGACGAUCUUCAAUAUGUUCUGCAUGGCUUUUCAUAUCAGUGGAUUUAUGAGCGUCGAUCUCGAAAUGCUGCCCUGGGAGAAGCAGAUGAUUCACUACUUCUAUCUGGUGACCUUCUAUGUCUUUAUGGUGCUCACUCUAUUCCAGAGCAUCAACAUCUGUACGGGACAUAUUCCAUCGCUUUGCAUGGAGAUCUGUAAGGCGAGCGCUGCUUCAUUUGCUUUUACCGUUAUUGCCGUGACGACCAUGUGGGAUGCGGAGCGAGACUUUCACUUGCUGUACAGGGGCACAGAGCCCGAGGAGGGUGUCUACCAGAAGGAUGAGCCAGUGCAUCCGUUUUUUCACUUCAUGCGCUCGCAGUCAAUCGCCUCACUAGCCUGUGGCAUCCUCUAUUUGCUGCAUGCCACAAUACUCAUUGAUAUUAAGAUUACCGCCUACUAUAUGCGCAAGGCCGAGGGCGAGUACCUGCCCCUGCGUCUCUAUGUAUUCGGCGAGCUGGUGCAGGACCGUUUGGAGAAAUACGAAUGGUUUAGAGACUUCUCAUCUAGCGAUCAAUUGCAUAUUUAAAAUACUAUGAAAGCGGAGCUUUCUAUAUACCAUGCCAUGCGGCAAUCUGUUAUCUGCUUUAACCAUGAAUGAAUUCAUUGUAAAGCUUUGCGGAAAACCUAAAAACCUUUUUGAAUAAAAAACAAAUAU